AAGGUGGAUGAGAGUUACUGUCCACAGUGUCAAUGCAGAAAAUGCCCUCAGUCAAGCUGUAGAAGCUACUCGGUUAGGUGGCACAUAAAAAUAGACACAGCUUCUUACUCCUUAUAAUAAUGUUACCCGUGGAUGUAAGGUGUCGCUGGAUGUUUGUGGUGAAGACAGUAAUUCUGUGCUAUGCCCUGUUCCUCAAGAACAACAUAUGUGGAGACAGAAAUGAAACAUGCAGCCCAAAAAACAUACUGUUUGUCAGCACCAAAGAGUUUAAUGAUACUUUUCCAUCAGAGGCUCUCUAUGACGAGGUCAGUGGAAUUAAACUCUGUUUUGGUGUUCAAGGACUCAAACCACCUGCAAACUGUUGUAGAACAGAUUUCAACUGCAGCAUUGACAUAAAGCCUAAUGGAAAUAUCAUAAUUCCGGAUAAAGAGAUUGUGUCCAAGCAAGAUAUUGUACUGAUGGAGGUACGAGAUCUUAACUUCAGCUGUAUGCCAUCAACAGUCUACAGAAAAACAGAUAGAGCGUUGACUGAAGGGGACAUAUUUGCUGAAUGCAGUGAGAGAUUGCCCCCUAUUGGUUUCCUUUUAAACAUUGACAACUGCUUAAAUACAGGUAACAAGAGCGUUAGAUUCAGCCAAGGCGACUUUAAAGAGUCACCCUAUAAUGAACACCUCUGCCAAGGCUUAGCAGAAACAAACUACGUCAUCCAAAAUAAAGGAGAGGAAAAGAAAUUUGUGUCAUGUCAGGUACCACAAGAAAAGACUAUUCAUCUCCCACCUGUGGAGAGAGAUGAUGACGGUAGGAUCAGCCUAAAAAGCGCAAAAGAAACUAUGAAUACUCUCUCCUCUGUGCUGAAACUGCUGGGCAAUUCCAGGACAGCAGCCAUCUCAGCGGGCAAUGUUAAAGGGCUGCUCACGAAACUCCCCCCCCAAAAUAACGGGAGCAUCACCGUUGGUGUUACAGCAAGUCAUGAUAUGACAAUUCUCAAGAAUACAGUCGAUUCAGAGUUGAAUUUCUAUCAACUUGUGUACUUCCCCAAAGAAGCAAGCCACAUGGCAGUAGAAAGAAAUGGUUCAUUUCUUGGAAUUUUGCAUUUUCCAGGAAUGUAUCAGUCUCAACAGAAUGACUCCAACAGUUCCUUUUUCAACAAUGAAGUACUGGGAAUUGAAAUGGGAACAGAAAUAUCAAAUCUCUCAGAAACCAUAGACAUUCAUUACAUUAAUGUGAACAAGAAUGGAAAGAUUGCUUCUUGCAGGUCGUGGGAUGGCAAAACAAAUACAUCGAUCUGGGUGACGGAUGGCUGUCAAACAAAGGAGACCAGUGGCAGCAUCAUAUGUCAGUGCUCUCAUCUAACGUUUUUUGCCAUACUGUUGUCACCACCUGGAAACAUAAGCUCUUCAGAUUUUAAGUCUCUGACCUACAUCACUUCAGUCGGCUGUGGCCUGUCGAUGUUUUUCUUGGGGGUGGCUCUCUUCAUGCACUGUCUUAUCAGAAAAGGGAAAGCGAGCCACGCGACUAAGAUCCUGAUGAACCUCUUUGUUGCCAUGUUCACCCUCAACCUGUCCUUCCUGGUAAAUGAGAGUAUUGCUAACCUUGGGAACGACGGUGCAUGUGUGGCGAUGGCAGCAGUUAUGCAUUACGCCAUGUUGGCUACUUUUAGCUGGUUUUUCAUGGAGGCUCUGCACUUAUACUGUAAUCUACGACAGCUCCACACUGACAUCAAACAUUACAUAACGAAGAUCUGCAUCGCUGGAUGGGUUCCACCAGCUGUAGUGGUGGUCACUCUCCUUGCCUUAAAGAAAUACAGUUCCUUGGUCAUUUCCAUUGAUGACGGGACUUCAGCCAAAAUGUGCUGGAUCUCAGAUCCUGAUGUCCACCAAGGAGUCAAUAUAGGUUAUUAUGCUGGGGUGUUCAUGUUCACUCUUGUCAUAUUCAUCAUAACUGUGCGGCAGAUUGUUCUGAUGACACACACAGCAGAAAAAAGUCAGAGCAAUACCUCCAUAAAGACUAAAUCGUUCUCCAUUAUGGGCCUGCUCUUCCUGCUCGGCAUCACCUGGGCCUUUGCCUUUUUCAGCCACGGACCUCUGCUCCUAGCCUCCUACUAUAUCUUCACCAUCCUCAACAGCUUUCAAGGUUUCUUCCUCUUCAUCUACUAUUACAAAUCCAGCAAGAUGAUUGUUAAAAAGGACAAAAACAUCACAGUCAGCAGCACCAACAUAACUACAACAAACACAGUUACAUCAUCUACUAAUCCAUAUGGUGUUUAUACUGUACAUGCAAAAUAGGGACAGAACUUAUUCUGUGCCUGAGACUGAUUUGACACAAGAGGGCAGCAUUUUAUUUCAUAUAAUCAAGUAGGGUCUCUUUUGAAUGCAUAGCUGGUAAGUUUCUCAUUUUUCCUGACUCUCCUCUUUGUGAAAUGCUUCAUGUGUUUGAUUGAAUGAAAAAAAUGAAAUGAGUCUAGUACUGACAGAGGAGAUGGACCGGUCUCCUGUAAGUCAUUUGUUCUGAUGACCGAAGCCCACUCUCCCUCACUGUGAAACUUGCCGAGAGGGUUGUGAUUCACUCACAAUAUGUGGCACUCCUCUUAAAUCAAAGCUUCAGUCGUACACUGGAAUGCAGAGUGUAAAUGUUUAGGAAGAAAAACACGAUCCUGGUAUGACUGAUGUGGCUGUCAUAUGGGCCGAAGGUGGCAGAACUCAAGAAAAAAAAAACAAAGUGAAGGGAAGUCUUGUCCCUCACACACUGUGCAGUGUUGGGGGCCGAGCUAGCCAGCUAGCACUUUGCGUGCCUGCAGAUAAUUACCUUGUGCCUACAGAGAGCAGUAUCCACUGUGCGGGGAGCCUUAACUGGCUGACAAGAAAUGAGCUCAUGACUACCUAUAGUGAUAAGAAGCCUGAGGGCACGCCACUAUGUUGAAACUAUUCUCUGAAACAUGACUGUGUUUAACAAGCGUUUAUGGCUUUUAAUAAGUAAUAAGUGUAUCUUGGGCAGACUGUGUAACAUUAAUGGAAAUGAAUCCCUGGGAAUUGUAUGUUUUUUUGUGUUGUCAUCCAGUUUUUGGUAUAUUUUUUCUUCGUGUCUAGUUUGAUUACGAUCUGAUGUUUUCAGAACUCUGUUUAAAGUAACACAAGAGUUCCUAACAGAUUAAAUCUUACACCAUUAAUUAUGUUACAUAAUUUUUUGGCUUAGUCUAAUCUUUUAUUUCAUUAUUUGUGAUCCUACAGGCUUGUCAAGGUUUUUCAUGAAAUGUGGUGAGAAUUGCUCCUUGCCAAAAUAUGUGUUUUUGUUCAAUAAAGCUUUUGAGUUAUGGUAUCUUAA